AUGAACUCUCCAACGGACGCUGGCCAGGUGCUGGGUGAGAUCAAAUUGACGGAGUCGCACUACGUCAGCGAACUGGGGUCGCUGAUGAUACUCGUGAACGCGUUCGAUGUUCGGUUCAACAACUACUUUGACGACAUGGUAGACGACGCCAUCGAGGAGCAGAUAAGCUAUCGUCAGAAAAUGAACGCGAGACUGGCCAAGGUGGUCCGGAAACUCAUCGUGAUGCAUCGCGAACUAGCACAAAUACUCCAGACAGACGAGCUGGCCGUGCUGGCUGCACAGUUUGCAACCUGGUGCACGGACGCUAUCAAGUUGUACAAGCAGUACAUCAGUCUGUACCGUUUGCAGGAAAACCAAACAGUUUCUGAGGUUGAACUGCGUCGCCAGCCGCUUCUUAGACUGGCGUAUUUGCACCAGACGAUUAGGGCCGUCAAGAGCAUUCUGAGUCUGCAGAUGGACCGUUUGCAAGGCGGAGCGGUUUUUUCCGACCUGGAAGUCGCUACACACAGACUAGAGCAAACAAUGGAGGAGGCGCACAGGAUGGAGUAUCUCCAGCGGAAAAAGCUGGACAAGCACGUCAAUUUUUCCAGUGUGCGCUCGAUGACCGACUUCUCAAUGAUAUGUUCUAGUUUCAGUAUGAAUAGUGUGGUGGAGACGUACCGAACUGAGAUGUACUACACGAACGAAAAGCUGGACACUUCGCUCAUUUUCAAGACUCUCGAGCUCAUGUUUCUCAGGAACCAGACUAUUGCCCUGGUCUCUCUCGAGAAAGGAGAACGGACGCUUGUUUUUCCACCACUGCGUGCCAAUGAGCUACAGUACGAUAGGCAAGUGGAGGACGAGAUUUAUGUAUUUAAACACACGCUGGACACUGGUAUUUGUGUGUAUCUGAAGCUGGACAGCCCCAUGCACUCAAGACUGGCCAGGUUCUGGAAUAGGCCCGCCAAGCUGGGCAAGACACGGUCGGUGGGUAUGGGAAUUCAAUUGCAGGACAGCAUGUCAUCGGAAGUGUCGGAAGGUCAGGAAAAUCACCGUGUUUCUGAGGUUAAGGCUUAUAGAAUCCAACAGCCACAGGUGGCAAAGAUCCAGCCAGCCAGAGAGGCCACGAGACUGCCAUUGCAGCCCGUGUCGUCGUCGAAACUCAACUCGUUCGAUCCACAACGGUUUGCGCAGAAUUAUCAGCACGGUAUUGAUGGCAGCUAUUUGAAGAAGAAACGGCAGACUGUGUUUGGUAUGCUUUCCACCAUCAUCAGGAAAAAAGUGACUGUUGCCGAGUCUACGGAUUCCAUUGCCGACGAAAUCUACCGCAAGAGUAAACACAUGUUCCUGCAACGCGUGGAAUGGUGCAGAUGGGCAGAUAACCAAUGGUCGCAGUCGCUAAACGUCGAUCUCUUGCUGCUCCAGUCUGACUCGGAAAACUACUUGAUGGGAACGAACAUCGAGUCCGAACUACGCACUGAGUUCCUCAUCAAGCUCAAUGACAGCACUAUUGUGAGACGGGCCUCGGAAAUGGACAUCCACAUCACCAGCUGCGAUUUGCAGAGCGCCGUAACGCUGUUCUGGAUUAAAACGGCAGGGGUCAACGAGGCCAACGAGUUGUUCCAGAGCGUUCUGACUAGGUCCACAUCUCUGUCGAACUCCAACUCUUACAGCUCGAACCUGAGUACCACAACAUACAAUUCGUCCAUCAAAACGUUCGUUACCUCGACGUCUAUCGCAUCAACUACUAAAAAGUGA